GGACGGCAUAUUAACACUGUGACACGAGCGAGCAGCUCAUUCAGGCUGCUCAGGCUAACCAGCUAACGUUAGCAUGUUUAAAUUAACACCAGUGAACAGAAAUAUGUCGUAACAUCAAGCUAAGAAUAAUCCAGAAAAUCGAUUUAAAUUAGAGUGACACAGGCAGCAGCACUCUAUCAUCUGGAUCAUAAGUACAGAAUAAACUAUGAAGAAGAAGAGCAGACGCCCAAAGUCAUCUGAGACUUCCCGACAGACCAGCAGGACACAAACAACAGUGAGCAUCAGCGCGGAGAAGAAGCCGCCUGGAAAUAGAGGGAGACCUCGCAAGACUGCCCCUGUCACCUCUGACAAUUUCUACCAUGAUGCAAAUGACAAGACUGCCAACUCAGACUGUAGAGUGACAGCAGCUGACGACACACAGAAACAUCCAGAGAGCAAGUCUCGAUCUUCAGCAGGUAGACUGUCUGCAGCUGUCUGUCGCCUCUGCCAUGGAAAGUUCUCUCCGCGCAGCCUGCGGCACGCCUUCAACAAAUGGCCUCAGGAUUCAAUCGAUAUCGUUAAACACAGUGAUGAUGAGUCAGAUGCAGCGACGCAGUCAUCCCUUUUAUUCCACACAGAUUUCCAGCGACUGGUUGGGGUCCAGUUGGACCGUGACCCUCGGUUAUCAGAGUUCAUCUGUAAGAAAUGCCACUCCAAAUUCUACAAGUGCCACAGCAUCCUGGUCAGGUUUCUGCAGAGGGUCAACCUCCCACCACUUGACAAAGAGAACCUCAAAAGCUGGAAGAAGUGUCCAGAAGCCUCAGUGAACCACGGCUCAACAGCGCCACCGUCCUUUACCUCAGACCCUACGUGCCUCCACAGCCUGGUGUCAUGGGCUCACCACCACGGGGGUGCCUGCCGCUCCUGUCCCAACCUGAGAGAGGUGCUGGAAGGCCAGUGCUGGGGCUCCGUGAAGGCUGUUUGGGGUUGCGUUGAUGGUCACAGAUAUAUCAUGGACACUCAGUGCACAACCACUCCCAACCCAGGAUACACAAUGAACCUCAGCAGUGGACCGUUAGGAAGCGGUUACGGUGAUGGAGUGAUGUCAGAGGAGGAGGAACAGGAGGAGGUAGAUGAAGACGAAGAGCAGCUCAGUGGGACCGGAAGGAACCCAGCGGGAACUAUAAGCACGCUGGCUCAACAAAGUCCACUUGUAGUCCCAGCACAGACUCAGGGCUCAGCACUGGCUGACUGGACUGCCGGCGCUGAAGAUUUUACAAGUCACGAGGAGGCGUUGUCUCCUGCUCCGCUCCAGCUGGAGGACAGGGCUGCUGACAGUGAUCUAUCUGACAGGGUCAUCUCUGAGGAUGACUUUGAGGAGAAUAGAAAAGGAGGGUUAUCAGACGAUGAGUUGUUUGAGCCGUACUCAGACAAGAGAGCUCGCAGGGUGUCCGUCCCCAGCAAGAGAAGAAGAAGCCCGAAGGCUCUGGAGGAGCCCAAAGUGAAAAAGAAACCUGGACCCAAACCUGGCUGGAAGAACAAGUUCAAACCUAAAGCAGAGGAGUUGCCCAACAUCUACAAGUGUCCGUAUCAGGGCUGUACGGCCGUCUAUAGAGCUCCUGAUGGUUUGAAGAAGCACAUCAAGGAGCAUCAUGAGGAGAUGAGAGAGCGACCCUGCCCUCAUCCUGGCUGCAACAAGGUUUUCAUGAUCGACCGCUACCUACAGCGACACGUCAAGCUCAUCCACACAGAGGAGAGGAACUACAUUUGUGACCAGUGCGGCCAGACCUUCAAACAGAGGAAACACCUUUCAGUUCAUCAGAUGAGACAUUCAGGGGCCAAGCCGCUACAAUGUGAAGUGUGCGGCUUCCAGUGUCGCCAGCGAGCGUCACUGAAAUACCACAUGACCAAACACAAGGCCGAGGCUGACCUGGAGUUUGCCUGCCUGAUUUGUGGGAAGCGUUUUGAGAAGGCCCACAACCUGAACGUCCACAUGUCCAUGGUGCACCCGCUGACCCAGACCGAGGUUCAGAGAGGCAGCAGCCAGCCAGAGCAGCAGCAGCCGCCGCUGUACACUGACCUGCACACCAUCACUCUGACCGGGGAGGUGGUUCAGCAAGACCAGGACAGAUGACGGCAGGGAGUCCAGGUCCAGGUCUGUUGCACAGGUACAUAAAACCAUGGGAGUGCCCCAGUUAUGACAACCUGUACAGCAGCUUCUGGUUUUUCACAUUCAGGUCUUGGACUGGUGCGGGACCUGCUUUACGGCAAAACAGACAUUUAUCUCAGUUCUCAACCAAUAUUGCAAUUUUAGCUCGACUUUUUUGUCAUAAUAAAGUUUCACUUUUGUAGAUAUUGACCAACUGGUAUCUUAUGGAGAGCUCGUUUUCAAGAGUCGAUUAUUUUCAUUCCACACUUUAACUUUCAUUUCACUGUCAGGCUAUCUUCCCAUCAAGUAUACAACAUGUUUGGGUUUUAGCUUGUUUUAGGGGAAGCAGCAGGCUUUUCUUCAUAUGUAACAGUGACAGACGCUGCAGUGCAAACUGGCGCUUCACAGUGAAGGCAUUAAGAAUCUCAGCAUCAAGCAGAGCUGAUCUGGGACUUUAUGAAAAGAACCACUGGUAUGCUAGCAGCUGGCAUAUCUGUUUAUAGUGCUGCCAAACUAAGUCACAUUUUAAUAAGGAAGUCAGAUAACACAAAUUACGGCAAUGUUCUGAUUUGAUGCUGCAGAUGCUUCGAGUCAUCUUCCUCACAACAGCAGGACACAGUAAAGCUUCCUCAUGUAGCUCACUGUGGCUGCUCCUGACUAUUUCAUCACUCACUGCGAUUUUAAAAAUUGAUCUUCUGUCCAGAAAAUACCCAAAAAGACUGUUGCCUUGUUUUGUUAAUGCAGUUUGAUGAAUGGUUGUUGUCAGUGCUAACUCUUGUAACUGCCUCAGAGUAGAGAACCCCAGUAAUGAGUCCCAAAACCUGGAAAUGAGUUAACAUUUCAGCACCUCCGGCUCCCUCGUCUCAAAGUCAGUGGGUUUAUUAAAUGGGAUUUUGGUUUUUGACGCAGUUGACGAAGUUCUGUGGUUAUCACAAGCUGAAUAAAUGUUCAGGUUUUGUUCUACAAUAUAAAAUAUGUCACUAAAUACCCCACGAACAAACUCUGAAGCUUUUUUUUGUUGUUUAAAAAUAUGGUUGCUAACAAUGAGACUACAGAACAUCAUCAUAUCAAGCUGCGCCGAGCACGGCUUUACAGCAUCAUAGAGGUGGCAACUCAACUGCAGUGUAAUUUGUUUAUAGCCAAAUCAUUGUUUUACUUCUGAUGAUUACAUGUAGGCUUAAAAAAUCCUAAACGUGGUGUUCAUUUGUGAAGAUUAUCUUGCUGAACAAAACGUCUAAC